ACAGAGGCGUUAUUACAGUUUCGCCAACGUCGGACUAAGCAACGUCGGUGACGCCGAUGGCGUGAGCGAACACAGCACGUACGGACACGCUGUCAAACGUUACAUUUCAACGCGAGUAUACAGAAGUUUACAUUCGCACGACUUCUUCCUGAGAACGCUGGCGUAGCUCGCAGUCUCUUCCGCGAAGUUCGGUCUGUGCGCGAAAGGGAAUCGUUGUAAGUAGAGAACGCAUCGAUUCGCUCGAGUCUAUAAUCUCCGACACAUAAUCGUGGCAAACGCAGCGCCGAGCACGUGACUCGCCUGAUGCUUGGCGCUUAAUUCAAACGGAGUGGAAAAGCUCGACGUACACGGAGAAGAGAGAAAGGAAGAGAGUUAUCUCAUUGAACACCGAGGAAGAAGCAAAAGUCGCUUUAUCUCUCGGCCAUCAACAGCCAGUGCCAAACACCAGCUUGUCAAUUUAUCGUCGUAAAAUCGAGCUUCUGCAGAGAAAUUUAAAAAUAACUGCGUAUCUCUCUAUCUCGCCGCAAUCGAUAAGCGAUAACGCUAGGUAAACAGAAAUCGCGGCUAGAGAAACAAAUUAGGCACAGGAUUUCGUUCGAUUUGAUAAAUCGGCCAGCCGCCCUCGAUAAGGUGAAGUGUGUGAUAAAGCGAGGUCGUGGCGGAAAGAGCCGUGGGCGAGAUGUUGACUUUCGUUCGUGCAGCAACGCUCAGUCGUUUCUCGGAACUUUUAACGAGCGGUUCGCUAUCGCGCGCGCGCACCGCCGCUACCAGAAUGGCGUCCGUCGGACGCGAGGACCAGAAGGUCGUCCCUAAGGACGAGGUCGUCAGGUUCAUCGAGGAGUGCAUGCGCAAGGCCGGCACCACGCCGGAAGACGCGCGCGUCGUCGGUCAUCAUCUGAUGACUGCGGACUACCGAGGUCACUUCAGCCACGGGAUGAACCGCAUGCAGAUGUACGUGAAGGACAUCGAGAACAGGAUCACCAAUCCCACCGCCCGGCCGCAAAUCCUCACCGAUUUUCAGGCGGUAGCCCUCGUAGACGGGAAGAACGCGUUAGGUCAAGUGGUCGGCAAGUAUUGUAUGGAGCUCGCCAUAGAGAAGGCCAAGAAAUUCGGCAUCGGCAUGGUGGCGGCGCGCGGUUCCAAUCACUACGGCAUCUGCGGCUACUACACAAUGAUGGCGAUGGAGCAAGAGCUGAUCGGUUUCACCUGCACCAACACGAGCCCGCUGAUGGCGCCGACGCGCAGCACGAAGGCCUGCUUAGGGACGAAUCCCUUAUCCGUGGGAAUGGCCGCCCGCGAUGGCGACGAGUUCGUUCUCGACAUGGCAACCACCGCCGUCGCCCUGGGCAAGAUCGAGCUGGCCAUUCGGAAGGACGAGAACAUCCCCGAGGGCUGGGCACUCGGGUCUGACGGCAAAGUGACUCGCGAUGCCGAGGAGGCUUACAAAGCUUCGUUGUUGAUGCCUCUCGGUGGCGCGGAGCACAAUUCCGGGUACAAGGGCUACGGUUUAGCUCUGAUGGUCGAGAUGCUCUGCGGUGUCCUGAGCGGAAGUCAUUUCGGGCCGAACAUACGCGCCUGGAAGACCGGCGACCGGGAAGCCGACCUCGGGCAGUGUUUCAUGGCCAUUAACCCGGAGGCCUUCGCGUGCGGUUCGAAGGACAGACUGACGACCUUGCUCAAACAGCUGCGAAGUCUGCCCGCCUUCGGCGAGAAGCCGGUCCUCGUUGCCGGCGAUCCCGAAAGGCAGCACAUGAAAAAGGUCGACACGGAGGGCGGAAUCGCGUAUCACCCGAACCAGCUAGAGGCCUCGGAAGAGUUCGCUAAACACAUGGGUGUGCGACCGAUGACACUUGUCUCUAAAUCCGUUUGAUUUUUUUACUUACCAACGAAAAGAUCAACGCACUAAUCUACUCGAUUUUUUUAUACUUUAUCCUUGGCCGACUUUUGUAAAUCUCAGUAGAGUGCGAAGGGUAAUCGAACAUUAAUUCAACACUGAUUUGCCUAUAUAUUUGUGGGCCAGGUGCUCCUUAUAGCGAACAAAUACAUUAAUUUUCACACCGA